AUGGAUAUUCUCAAAGUUCUAUCCCGUGGAACCAAAAAGACACAAAAGAAUAGCCAAAACUCUAGCAAUUCUUUGCAGAAGCUGCCCUCGGCUGGUACAUCCACAAACCCUCAGCUCUACCAUGAUCAGGUCCGCGGCCAGAAGCGAAAGCGAACAAAGAAUGAGCCUGAACCCGAAGCUCACGAUGAGCUCCCCGAAGUCGACUUCUUUGCCCCAAAGCCAGAGCCUGUAGCCAAGGCAGCUGUUGAGACGGCGGAGCCUGUUCAGGUACCGAAACCUACACGACCGUCUCGAUUGUUGAGUGAGGACGAGUGUCGCCAGCUGCUACGAUCGCAUCGAUUAAAGAUUACUCUCCUGUCCAAGACGGAGGAUCAGCCCAAGGUCAAGAAGAGCAAGAAAAAGAAGAAGUCUGCUGUUGAAGUGAAGAAAGAUGGAAAGAAGCAGCUCUUCCCGCAACCUUUGGACUCUUUUGGCGAGCUGCGUAAUGCCUACGGUCUCUCAAACAAGGUCGCCGAUAACCUUGUUUUUCAGGGAUACCGAGUUCCUACUGAAGUUCAAAUGGGCAGUCUUCCUCUUCUCGUUAACCCCCAGGCUGCCCUAAAAGACGAAGAUGGACUGGAAGCAGGAGUCGAUUUCCUUGCAAUCGCCCCCACGGGAAGCGGGAAGACUAUUAGUUUCUUGGUUCCCGCUAUAAAUAACAUCUUGUGCAGGCGGUCGCGGCAAAGCCUCGGCGAUAUCCACGAACUCGAGGCGAUUAUUGUUGCACCAACUCGCGAAUUGGUGCAUCAGAUUGUUAGCGAAGGGCAGAAGCUUGCUCAAGGAACUCGACUGAAGGUCGUUUCAAUGAAGAAGCAUACGCAACUUUCAGCCGAGCAAGUGGAUAUGGCGGAAGACGGCUCUGAGGAUAAGGAGUCAGAUUCUGAGGAUGAGGAGGAUAAGGCAGACGACAAGCCCGAGCAAAUCACGAAGGCUGAUAUUCUGGUCACCACGCCCUUCCUCCUACUAAAGUUUCUUACUUCGGGACCUCCAAGCACACAGAAGGUUCUGCCUACUGUGAGAGACUUGAUAUUGGAUGAAGCGGAUGUUCUGCUUGAUCCUCUUUUCCGAGAUGCCAUGAUGUCUGACUGGACGGCAUGUACAAACCCCCACUUGAGGGUGUCAUUUUGGUCCGCUACGAUGGGCUCAAACAUUGAGUCUAUGGUUACAGAGAAGUUGACUUCAAGAGCACAGUCGCUGGGUAUCACACCGAGGCCCUUUGUGAGGCUCGUCGUCGGUCUUAAGGAUACUGCUGUUCCAAACAUUGCACAUAAACUUAUAUACACUGCAACCGAGCAAGGUAAACUACUGGCAUUGCGCCAGCUGUUGCACCCUACGGCUGCUGAUGAUUCGGGCCCUCCUCUGCGACCCCCUUUCUUGGUCUUUACACAAACAAUUGACCGAGCGACUGCUCUGCACGAGGAACUGCAAUACGAUAUUCCCCUUGAGGCUGGUGGUGCGGCAAGAAUUGCUGCCCUCCACAGUGGUCUCACAGACUCUGCUCGAUCUUCCAUCAUGCGCAAGUUCCGUGCUGGAGACAUCUGGGUUCUUAUCACAACAGAUGUGUUGGCACGAGGUGUAGACUUUGCCGGAGUCAACGGUGUUGUCAACUACGAUGUCCCCGGCUCCAGCGCGGGCUACGUCCACCGCGCAGGACGAACAGGCCGAGCAGGUCGCGAAGGUGGCGUGGCGGUCACAUUCUACACCAAGGAGGACAUUCCCUUUGUCAAGAUGGUCGCCAACGUUAUUGCUGCAAGCGAGAAGCAGGCUGGCAAAACAGGAGAUGAGGCUGGGGUACAAAAGUGGCUCCUAGAUGCUCUCCCUAAUGUUGGCAAGGCAGACCGCAAAAAGCUCAAGGAGCGAGGUGUGGAAGCGCGCCGGAGUGGAAGUAAGGCCAAGAUUACAUCCAAGAGCGGGUAUGAAAGACGAAAGGAGAACAACCGCCGUGGUGCUAUUGAGGGUAGCAAGAAGAGGAAAUUGCAGGCGAAUGAGGACAGUGGUGAUGAUGGUGAAUGGGGUGGUUUCGAUGACUAA